UUGGUUCCCAAUGAGUCGAGGAAGUAGUGCGGGUUAUGAUCGCCAUAUAACAAUAUUUUCUCCAGAGGGACGACUAUAUCAAGUGGAAUAUGCUUUCAAAGCAGUGAAAUCAGUAGGAAUUACAACAGUUGCUGUAAAAGGUGUAGAUUCUGUUUGUGGUGUGACUCAGAAGAAGGUUCCAGAUAAACUAAUUGACCCCAAGUCAGUUACGAAUGUUUUCAGGGUUUCUGAUCACCACGGUUGUAUUUUUACUGGACUUGCUACGGACGCGAGAGCACAGUUGCAAAGAACAAGGUCUGAAGCAGCCGAUUUCAAGUUCAAGUUUGGAUAUGAAAUUCCUGUGGAUCAAAUAGCGAAAAGAUUGGCCGAUAUCAAUCAAGUCUAUACGCAACAUGCAUAUAUGAGACCCUUGGGAGUUUCUCUUAUUUUUAUUGGUAUGGAUGACGAGAGAGGCCCGCAGUUGUACAAAUGUGACCCUGCAGGUUAUUAUAUUGGCUAUAGAGGUUGUGCAGCAGGAGCUAAAGAGCAAGAGGCUAUAAACUAUUUGGAAAAAAAGUUGAAAGAAGAAGAAAAGAAACUUUCAUAUGAAGAAACAGUUCAACUUGCUCUAGCAACUCUUCAAAGUGUGGUAGCUGCUGAUCUUAAGCCAUCUGAUGUGGAAGUUGCUGUAGUAUCCAAGGACAAUCCACGUUUUCGUAUUCUGACUGAUGAAGAAGUCGAGCAGCAACUCACAGCAAUGACAGAAAAGGAUUGAAUUGGUGAAAGACUUGUUAUUGCCGGAGUUUCUUUGAUGAGAAGACUGUCGAGAGUGCUGUGGUUUAUGUGAUAUUUUUAGAGUUUAUUUGUUUCAGGUACACCAGUUUUGCAAUAAAUGGAUAUACUGCUUUUCAUGAGACUUUUGCACGAAGUGUUGUCGUUCUUAUAAAGCAGAUCUUUGUAAA